UACGAAUCUAAAAUAUUUUCCAUUCUUUUAGGCUGCCUAGCACCCUCAAUGAGUUCUCAAGCCCGCGGCCCCGGUGGAGGGCGGCCUCCCGCCCCCUGGGAUCAAGGGCCAAGAAGAAAUGAGACCGGGAUCAAACUGCUCCCUCCGGGUUGACACGCGAAGAAAAAAUGCCCAAGCCCAGCCAGGAUGGGCUUGGGCUAGGUAACAAGAUAAGUGCUUGUGUUACUUUAACUAGUGGAACAAGUCCCCAAAACGUCGAACCUACGGGUGAGACGCAACCAAAGGAGCCGGCCGGAUGCUCGGUGCCGCCAGGCAUGGGACAGGAAAGGGCGGCUUCAAACCCUUCCCCCAAUAAUCCCCCGUCCUCGCCUUAUCGUGAGGGAGGGCAAUAUCUCUCUGAAUCAGAAUGCAUUUCAGAACUCAAUGGCUCUGGAAGCAUCCAUCUUUCAGACAACGAGGAACUCGCCGACCUGUCUGAGAAAGAAGAGAACAAAAUCGGUGACAAGUUUGCCGAACUAACGGUCAACAACCCGAAAACCAACCCACGAUCAUAUGUAUCGGUGGCUUCCAAAGUCCGUGGACAUGAGGUCAUCUAUGUCCAUCUUGGUCAAAAAGAGAGAUCUCCCCUGGGCCGGGAGCUAUUCUACAAACUCUGGGACAAGCUCCAGGAGGGCGUGGUGGAACUUCUCCUUAAAGGCAAGACCCCUCCCACCAACGUGCUUUGGCAUAGCUGGUCCCAGCAAAGAGGCCUCAUUGCUGUGGGUGAUGAGGAAACUUGUAAAGCAAUCAUCCAACUGAUUGCCCAGAUGAGUAUAAAACAACACAAAUUUCGUGCCUGGAAACGAGGCGAAUUUGGAGAGGGUAGGCUUGUGACAGCGUUCUUUGCUGGCAAUAGCUUGAAACUGUGGGUUGGAGAUAAGCUUUUGAAGCUUCUUAAAUCUCAAAACAAACUACUCGGCAAUCACGUUGGAGUCAAAACCACCGACACAGAUAAUGGUCGAAAAAUGAUCUUCUUUGCAGACCCCGUCUUAUGGAAAGAUCUCAAAGGCAGAGCGACACCGCUUGCUCAACACAAAGUCGUCCUACGGUUAGGACUCGCCCAGUACGUGUUCCACCUGAGCCGGAAAUCCAAUCUGAACGCUGCUCCGGAGGACACUCCUUCCCUGGAAAGGGAGGAGAAGAAAUCCAAGACAGGGGAAGCAUCUGGAGGCGACGACCGAUGUGAGGUGGUCACCGCAAGAAAGGCCCCUGUUCCGGCGGACGCUCCCGUUUUGGUAGAGGUGGGAGACGAGACGGAAGCGGUAAGCGCAACCGCUGAAAUUCCUGCCUUGGAAGAAGGGGGGAGAACAAGCUGGAUCAGACUGGAAAGUGGUGGCCAACUCUCGGAGGAAGUCGCCACUGAAACAAGGAAGCUCAUCCAAACUAUCCAAGGGACAAAGCUAAGUUUUUGUGAACUAAUAUAGUAUCAUGACUACCCC